UCCUACACGCAAGGGCACGGCACUCAAACUUCACAAUGACUAGAGCAAAGCAGUGUUGGGAGACCUAUGACAUGCAAUUAAUAAAGGAAAUCAUAUCAGAUAUGAUAAAAUAGGAAUCAAAUCAUCACUUAAACAAACAGAUGGUGCUGCUCUCCUGUCUCACAUCUUUCCUUUUUAUUUUUCUUAAUUCUUUUCCUUCUAAUCCAUUUCUCUUUUUCCUCCUACACAAAAAACAACAAUUCCCUUUGGCUUCAUGCAAUUCAUGAACGCCGCUCAAUCAAAAACUCCCAUUCUCAAAUACUUUCUCAUCUCUCUCUUCCUUUCUUUACCUCUCCUCCUUCUCUUCUCCUCCCUCCAACCCCACAUCCACCGCCCAACCCUCACUGACCCCGUCUCCGAAGAUCUCAAGAUCCGACCCGGCUACAACUCCUACGAAGCCUACCUUCAACGUCAACUCAACAAAACCCUUAACCCUAAACUACGUCAAAUAUGGACAACACGUGACUGGGAACGUAAAAUUCAAGUCUUUGCCAAGUUCUUCAACGAGUUGAAACAAAAAAACCUUCUUUCUAAUCAAUCAAAAGCUCUCUGUGUCGGCGCUCGUGUUGGCCAAGAAGUUGAAGCCUUGAAACGCAUCGGCGUAUCCGACUCGGUUGGUAUCGAUUUAGUGCCGUAUCCGCCUCUGGUUAUAAAGGGAGACUUCCACAAGCAGCCGUUUGAUGAUGAGACUUUCGACUUCGAAUUCUCGAACGUGUUUGAUCACGCACUAUAUCCGAAUAAAUUCGUUAUGGAGAUCGAACGGACGUUGAAACCAGGUGGGGUUUGUGUUUUACAUGUGGCGCUAUCUAGACGGGCUGAUAAGUACUCGGCCAAUGAUUUAUACAGCGUCAAACCACUGUUGAAGAUGUUCAAGAGAUCGGAGAUGGUCCAGGUCCGGAAAGUUGACGGGUUUGGGUUAGAUACAGAGGUGGUAUUCAGGAAGAAAGACAAAAAUCCAAGGGUCAAGAUGAAUGCAGCAUUAAUUAAUUGAUUAGUUGGCGUUAAUAGUAGAAAUGUAAUUAUUAUUGUUGUUGUUGUUGUUGUUGUUUGCGUUAGACGUUACUUCUAAGUUCUGGCCACCAAACCAAUCAAAAUUAAUAAAAGAUUUAUAAAAUAAAACCUAAAACAUCA